AUGGACAGCAAGCGACCUCCAUUUGUUCCGGCCCUUGAACCCCAGAGAACCUUUGCAAGAGUCAUUACUCAGCCGAAACACGAUUCCCCAACCACAGAGGCUUUAUUCCACUCCAUUCCGACUGCCAAACUGGCUCCCAACAUCAUCAGCUACGGAGCAGCCCUCAGCGCUUGCGGAAAGGUGGGAGCCUGGCAGCUGUCUGUGGCCCUCUUCCACAGCUUGUUGCAGGCAGAGCUGAGUCCCGAUGUGGUGAGUUACAGCGCGACAAUCAGCUCUUGCGAAAAGUCAGGAAACUGGCAGUUGGCUUUGCGACUCUUCGACAGCAUGCGCCUGUCGGAGCUAUCCCCCGAUGUGAUCAGCUACAGUGCGGCCAUCAGCUCCUGUGAGAAGGGCAUGUGCUGGCAGCUGGCUUUGCAGCUCUUCGCAUCGUUAUCUGAGGAGAAGCUUCGCCCAAACGUGAUCUGCUACAAUGCCACCAUCAGCAGCUGCGAGAAAGGUGGGCAGUGGCAGCCGGCCCUGCUGCUCUUGAGUUCGCUUCCCGAAGCCAGAUUGGUGCCGGAUCUGAUCAGCUAUUCUGCAGCGAUUAGCUCCUGCGAGAAAGGAGCUCAGUGGCAGCUCGCACUUGAGCUUUUCGAUGCAUUGCCUCGAGCCCAGCUUGCUCCGGAUGUUAUCAGCUAUGGAGCAGCCAUCGUCUCUUGUGAGGAGGGCGGGCAGCCGAAAAGGGCUUUCCAGCUCUUCUGCGCUAUGCUCGCCUCAGGUCUUCAGCCACACGUCAUGCUCUAUAGUGGGGCAGUCAGUUUCUGUGAGACGGGACAUGAGAGUCCCGGCGUCAGCAAGCAGGCGUCUGAGCCAGAGAAUUAG